CCCUGGCCCCCGAGGUUGGACUGCACUGUGAUAUUCCCACCAUGAGGACGCUGCUCAGCACGCUCUGGCUUGCUCUGGCCUGCAGCUCUGUUCAUACUACUCUGUCAAAGUCAGAUGCCAAAAAGGCCGCCUCGAAGACACUGCUGGAGAAGACUCAGUUUUCAGAGAAGCCUGUCCAAGACCGGGGUCUGGUGGUGAUGGACCUUAGGGCUGAGGAUGUGGUUCUGGAGCAUCGUAGCUACUGCUCAGCAAAGGCCCGGGAGAGGCACUUUGCUGGGGACGUCCUGGGCUACGUCACUCCAUGGAACAGCCAUGGCUAUGAUGUUGCAAAGGUCUUCGGGAGCAAGUUCACGCACAUCUCGCCCGUGUGGCUACAACUGAAGCGGCGGGGUCGGGAGAUGUUCGAGGUCACAGGCCUUCACGACGUGGACCAAGGGUGGUUGCGGGCAGUCAGGAAGCAGGCCAAGGGCUCACGUAUUGUGCCCCGACUCCUGUUUGAGGACUGGACUCAUGAGGACUUCCGGAAUGUCUUGGACAGCGAGGACGAGAUAGAAGAGCUUGGCAAGACCAUGGUCCAGGUGGCCAAGAGCCAGCACUUUGACGGCUUCGUGGUGGAGGUCUGGAGCCAGCUGCUGAGCCAGAAGCACGUGGGCCUCAUCCACAUGCUCACCCACCUGGCUGAGGCCCUGCACCAGGCCCGGCUGCUGGCCAUCCUGGUCAUCCCACCGGCUGUCACCCCUGGGACCGACCAGCUGGGCAUGUUCACACACAAGGAGUUUGAGCAGCUGGCCCCCGUGCUGGACGGCUUCAGCCUCAUGACCUACGACUACCCCACAGCACAGCAGCCUGGCCCCAAUGCACCAUUGUCCUGGGUUCGAGCCUGCGUCCAGGUCCUGGACCCCAAGUCCAAGUGGCGCAGCAAGAUCCUCCUGGGCCUCAACCUCUACGGCAUGGACUAUGCAGCCUCCAGGGACGCACGUGAGCCUGUCAUCGGGGCCAGGUGAGCCCAGGGCUCCCCACCAUGCAG